CAGGAGUGGUAUAGUGUCUUCAAAAAAGACCGUUAGCAUCACAACCGUUAACUAUAGAGGCUAACAAUUAGAGGAGCGUCAGAAAAAAAAUACCUAAAGCAGGGGAAGUUACAAUAAAAUUUGUAAUGAGAGCUGCUGACAGAGAUGCAGGAAACACAGAGCUGGAGCGGAGCGGAUCUCCUGUGGAAGAACAUCUCCAAAGUGCCAUGAACCAUCUGACUAAUCUUCAAAGGAAACUCCUCCUCUGAUCUGGCUUUUAGAUAAAGAGAAAACACCAGCCUAUCAAAAUAGGCAAUGGCUUCCUCUCUUCAUAAAGGUUUUAUAAGAGCACUGACUAUCAUCUCUGUCAUGCUUUCUAAUCUCUCUGUGAACCCCUGCAACAACUACACUGUGCUGGACGAACCAAGAAGAUCCAUCAAUAAUACAAAUUUCUUACAUUCAUCAUCCUACAAUUGUGACGACUCAGUCACCUGGAGCGGCUGGUAUCGUCUCUACCUUAACGGUCUGAGUGCACAGAUCCCAGACACAUGUGUCGCAUGGGGUCACUGUGAUACUGCUACCACACUGUGGAUUCGUGGUGGACACCCAAAAGUUGAGGAUGGAGUUGUCACUCGAGAUGUCUGUGGUCACUGGCACAAUUACUGCUGCUAUUUUUGGUCUUUUCCUAUUAAAGUCAAAGCCUGUCCAGACAAUUAUUAUGUCUAUGAGCUGAUUAGUCCAGCUGUGUACUGUUCAGGAUACUGUGCAGAUAUUAGCAGCAUUAACAUCAGCUCUACAGCCGUCACACCAGCGACCAUCUCAACCGGUUAUCCCUCUGUUGACCCCUGCUACAACUACACUGUGCUGGAUGAUCCAUGGAGAGCCAUCAAUAAUACACAUGCUUCAGUCAGAAAGUGUGACCAGUCUGUCACCUGGAGCGGCUGGUAUCGUCUCUUCAUUAACAGUCUGAGCGCUCAGAUCCCAGACACAUGUGUUGAAAAAGAUAGCUGUGGUACUUCUAUCCCACUAUGGAUUCAUGAGGGACAUCCGACAGUUCAAGACGGAGUCGUCACUCGAGAUGUCUGCGGUCACUGGCACAAUUAUUGCUGUUAUUUCGGGUCUUUUCCCAUUAAAGUCAAAGCCUGUCCAGGCAAUUAUUAUGUCUAUGAGCUGGUUAGUCCAAAUAUCUGCAACACAACAUACUGUGCAGCUGUUUCUAACAUCAGCAGCACUUAUACAACAGUCACAUCAGAGACAAGCUCAUCUGGUAUGAAUAUAUCGUUGCUGGAAAGAUGCACCAGUCAGAUUUCUCUAGAAUGUCUUCAAAAUCUUCAUGAGCAGAACAUUACAGCUCAAGUGCUUCCUUUGGAUACUGUGACCAGCCUUUUGACUCUGGUCUUCAAUACUUCAGAGAAGAUUUUAGAGUCAUUAUCAUCAGCAAACCCAACUGAACUAGCCUCCUAUGGAAACCUUGUGUUAAAAGCUAGUGAGAUACUCAUCUCUACAUUAGUGAAGCUGACAGACACAAAUGACAGCAUCAGUUUUACUCUUCCUGCUGUAGAGGGUCAAGUCUUUAUAGUUGGACCACAGGUCACCUUAGAAAAAAUCCCUCGACUUGAGACGACACAUUCUUCUAUGGACAUGGAUCUCAUUGGGAUCGCCAAGAACAACAAUGACAGAUCAGCUGCUGUGGGUUUCAUGAGCUUCAACACGAUGGAGAAUCUACUGAAGCCAGACUUCUUCAACACAUCAAACCACCAGAUUAAAACCAUGAUGUCUACUGUGAUCUCAGCUACUCUUCCCAAAACCACCAACACUACACUCACCAAACCAGUCAACUUCACCUUCAGACACAUCAGAGAGUUUGAUCCCAGCGGUUCUCUGUCCUGUGUGUACUGGAAUAUCAGCGAGUGGAUUGUAGAUGGUUGUUCUGUUUUAAAGACCAACAGCAGCUACACUGUGUGUUCCUGUGUUCAUCUGUCCACAUUCGCUCUCAUCAUGCAAACCAGCCGCCCACCAGAGAGCGACCCACUGCUGGAGCUGUUGAAUUUGGUGUGUGUGAUCGUGGGGCUGGUGUUCUUCACUUUGGCCCUGUUGACCUUUGCCCUUUGUCAGUGGAGUCCUGGAGUGAAUAAUGUGGCUCGAAUCAACAUCUGCAUCAGUCUUCUGCUGGCUCACCUUCUGUUCCUGCUCACACAGCAGUUCCUGAGCCUCAUAUGGCCUCAGCAGGUGUCGUGUGCCGUGAUCUCAGGCCUUCUGCACUUCCUCUUUCUCUCCGGCUUUGUGUGGAUGUUCAUUGAAGCUGUGCUGCUCUUCAUCUGUGUGAAGAACCUAUCACAGAUCAGCUCCAAAAAGAGGGAGGUGCUUAGCAGUGGAUUCCUGUGUGUGAUUGGAUAUGUGGUUGCUCUGGGUGUGGUGUGUGUGUCUAUUGGUCUGGUUCCUGAUGGAUACGGCAGUGAACACUGCUGGAUUAAACAUGAUAAAGGUUUUAUCUGGAGUUUUCUGGGUCCUGUUUGUGCCAUACUAACAAUGAACAUGAUUCUCUUCAUCAGCAUCAUCAUCACUAUGAAUUCAACUCUCACAAAACUGAACGCUGAAGUUUCACAGAUAAAACAAACAAAGAUUAUGGUGUUUAAAACACUGGUUCAGUUUGUGGUUCUUGGUUGCCCCUGGAUUCUGGGUUUCUUCACUAAUGGCAGUAAGGUGCUGGAGAUCCUCUUCCUGAUCUUGAACUCCCAGCAGGGAACCUUCAUCUUCCUGAUCUACUGUGUCCUCAAUAAUGAGGUCAGGCAGCAGUACAGGAAGUUCUUCAGAUGUCUUUACUCUGGACACAAAAAACACUGAGAACUACAGCAUCAUGUUCAGGAAGUAAAAAAGUACUGCUAAAGUGCCAUUAUUAAGCAGGUG